AUGAAGCCGUCACCACCGCCCUCGCCACAGUUCUUAGCCAAGAAACAAGGCAUCCUUUCGGCGCUUGCUCUUGACGCCAGAGACUACGAGGAUAAGUCUCCGAAAGGCAGUGUCGACAUCCAGAUCCUAGAUUUGAUCCAACUCAUCAAUAACGCCCAAGGUUGGGUGACGACAAGCAGUUGCGCAGGCCGAGUUGCCGUAUUCGUUGAGGGUCCGAAGAAGACGUUUCCGCGCACAGAGGCAUCCCCAAUCGCAAACACUGAUGACACACCAGACGGACACGCCCAGAGCACCGUUAUCGGCAGUGAUCAAACUCCUCUAGGCGCAACACAAGCACUUAAGACAGCUCCUGGCGGUAAAGGCGGCGGGCAUUGGCUCUUCGUCUCCCAUGAACCCCUUCCCCAAGCUUCCGCGUCAAUAAAUGAAGAGCACUGGGCAUCUUUCUUCAAGCUCUCUAGGUCCUCGGUCAACCUUGAUCGAGCGACUCAUCACUCCUUGCACCGUCUCAUCCGCCUCACGUUCUCCCCCUUGAUUCUACAUGUCCUCUGCGCAUCUCUGCAGCACGCCCGUCCACUCCUAUCCGCAGCAAUCAAUGCCGGCUUCCGCGAGAGUGGCGUACAGUCUCUCAAAGCCCUCGACUCAGAGCAGGUUGGCGAGGGUGUAAUGGUGGCUAUCCGAACGAACGGAAUUGUCUUCGAGAGUAUGGUAGGGGUUUGGGACGAGUCCAGUGAUCAGGGUGUAGCCAUGGUCAGCGAGGAAUACUUGGCGAUGUGUGCGAACGUUGUCAAUGAGCGUUUUGAAUUUAACGUGGAGCGCAAGAGGCGGCUGAUGGAGGAGCUGCAGUCAACCCUUGAAAGAGAGAGUUCCAAGCACGAAGAGCAGCCGGAGACUAGGGAAGAGAGGCGAAAAAGGAAGGAGACGGAGGGUUUGAAGAGACAACAAAACUCCAAAGACGCUGCAGGUCAAACGCGAAAUCGGGUCAGCGAUAUCGACCUUGCCGGUUUCGAUAUCGGCUAG